ACGGAAGUGACGUCACGACCAAUCCAGUGACCGGAAGUUAGGGUAAAAAAAAAAUACUCGCGACUUCCUCUACUUUCAAGCCGUUUAUUUUUGUGUCUUUAGAUAACGUUACUAUCGUCAAAGGCGACGAUAAAACAUGGAGAGAUGAUGUUUGCGUAGCUGGGUGUAUAUGGACGCGGUCCUGCUUCGAAGAUAAUCCACCACCGUGUCGAUUCUAAACGUGAAAGAGGACGACGACAAGUUUUGCAUCAAUCUUCCUGAGUGAGGCCCCGAGCAUGGCCAACAGUACCAACACGGCCGUGAAGGUCAUCGGGGCUCCGGGUCCUGCAGGCAGAAGCAGCCCCGAAGGAUCCCAGGUUCUUAGCAAGAAAAAGCUACAAGACCUGGUGAGAGAAAUCGACCCCAACGAGCAGCUGGAUGAGGACGUGGAGGAGAUGCUGCUGCAAAUCGCAGACGACUUCAUCGAGAGCGUGGUGACGGCCGCCUGUCAACUGGCACGCCAUCGCAAGUCCAACACCUUGGAGGUGAAAGAUGUGCAGUUGCAUCUCGAGCGCCAGUGGAACAUGUGGAUUCCGGGUUACGGCUCAGACGAGAUCCGGCCGUUUAAGAAGGCGUGCACCACAGAGGCUCACAAACAGAGGAUGGCUCUGAUUCGCAAGACGACCAAAAAAUAGCAAGGGUCCCUUUUUUUUUUUUUCUCUGCGUCAAUUUACACCCCCCCCCCCUUUGUUGGUUUUGUUUUCCCAGGUAAAGUAUCAAGGAUUGGCGAAGGAGAUUUGUAUUUGUUGACGUUAGCAUUUCAUCGUCUUCCUCAUUUUGUAUUGCCAACCCGCUCCCGUACUAAUGUAUCUCCUUUGACUCUUUAUUUUUGUUUCAGUUCGUGUUAUUAAACAUUAAUCAUCUGUG